UCCUGCUUCCACAUGAUCCGUAAAGCCCGACUGAGGGAGAGAGAGAGAGGAAUGUGGAGCGGAUACAGAGAGCGAGAGAGAGGGGGAGAGAGAGAGAGAGAGAGAGAGAGAGAGAGAGAGAGAGAGAGAGAGAGAGAGAGAGAGAGAGAUGGCAGUGUGUCGCCACGGUCCCUUCAUAAUGAAUUUAUUCUUUGCCGCUGGCAUCUGUGUGGCUCUCAUUGACUGCGUUUCUGGAACUCCGUGGACGGAGGAAAAGCUCCAACACAGAGCCACCAAACUGAGUACAGAAGAAGCGCGCAGCGCUCUGUCACACACAGACCUGAAUCGGAUGUGGAGCCAGGUGCUGCAACCGCUGCUGAUCACCAGGUACCCCGGCUCUGAAGGCAGCCUGACCGUACAGCAGCACAUUAAAACAACCCUAGCCUCCCUGAGCGCUGGCUGGGAGGUGGCAGAGGACAGCUUUGAGGGUUACACACCUUAUGGACCGCGGACCUUCACCAACCUCAUUGCUACCCUCAACCCCUCGGCCAAGCGGCGCCUUGUCCUGGCCUGUCAUUUCGACUCUAAGUACUUCCCGCCACAAUGGCAUGGGAUAGAGUUUCAAGGCGCCACAGAUUCUGCCGUGCCCUGUGCCAUGAUGCUGGAGCUGGUACACGCCCUGGAUGAGGAGCUUAAAGCUCAGAAGAGCUCCAGCGCUGACCUGACCCUGCAGCUCAUCUUCUUCGAUGGUGAGGAGGCUUGGGUUCAGUGGACAGCUACAGACUCCCUGUACGGCUCUCGGCACCUGGCACAGAAGAUGGAGGAGACCCCACACCCCACCGAAGCCGCAGACACCAACCAACUUCAUGGCAUAGACCUGUUUGUGUUGUUGGACCUGAUCGGGGCCCCCAGCCCUCGCUUCGGCAACCAUUACCCCAGCACCUCUCGCUGGCUCUUCAGGCUGCAGAACAUUGAGUUUCGCCUGCACAACAUGGGCGAGCUUGUGGAUCAUCCUAACGAUGUGCAGUAUUUCUGGCCUAGUCUAUCUGUUGGCCAUGUGCAAGAUGAUCAUGUGCCGUUCCUUAUCAGAGGUGUGCCCGUCCUCCAUCUCAUCCCCACCCGCUUCCCGUCCGUGUGGCACACAUUUGACGAUAAUGAACAGAACCUGGAUCGUACUUCCAUCGAGAACCUCAACAAGAUCCUGCAGGUCUUUGUUCUGGAGUACCUCAACGUCAGACCCACAGACCCCUCAAACCCUCAGAACGCUCCCUAAAAUGACCCCCCAGCAUGCAUUUUGCCUGCUUCCUUGCUUCUCUGUGGUUCUGUGCAGAAGAGCUUUCCCUCGUUCUAUGGCUUUACAAUGUAUGCUGCCUUUAGUUUCAGUACAGUACCGGCACACCUAGCAAGGUCUGCAAGACGUAUUCAUUCAUGUAGUCGUUCAGGUGUAGUGGGAGAGUGUUACGCUGCAGUUUGCAGGUAAAAUGGUACCGAUGGGCGAGGACUUAAAUCCGCUUGGUUUCCCUUUUUCCCUCGAGCCCGCAGUCCCCAGAUCAGCACAUUGGAUCCUCUGUGUGUUUCCCGUCACACUGCUCUCUUUAUUUCACCAUGGCCCCCUCCCCUCACACCAAGAGGAGACACCAUUGUGCCAAUGCUAAUGUGUGGGGCCUAGUGUAAUUGCCGCGAACAGGAGGAAGAAGAUGGGGCUCUGCUUGAAAUAAAAAUGAUAAACCUUGAU